AUGAGAAGAAACAAUCCUGAUCAGAAAAUUACGGGCUCCGAUAAAAAAGAGUUCAGGUCCUCCAAGGAUUCCGUUAUGGUUUAUGAAGAAGAUGAUGAUGAUGAUGAAAAUGAAUCUGAGACUGAGAGGGAGAACAAAAAAAACACUAACAGUAAUACUAGGGCUAUAACAAAGGGAUGCAGAAAGGAAAAAGAGAAUUGUAAAGACAAAGAAAAUAGGGAACCCAAACAAGAGAGCUUUGAAAGCGAUGAAAGUGUCCACCUCUUAAUAGAGGAACACAUGGAUUUCAAAGCAUCUCGGGAAAAUUAUAGAAAAGAAACAGAUAUUCAAGACAAAACGGAAAAUGAACUUAUUCAAAACUUAAAGAAAGAGGCAAUGAAUUCGUUUUUAGAGAUAAAACGAGAUCUGCUUGAACAGUACUUAGAGUUUAGGAAUCAGAUAUUUAAGGGCCAAAAGUCAUUCAGAGUUGUAUCUCAAAUAGCAACAGCAAAUCUGCUUCUAAUGGGCUCAUUAAACUGCAUCUUUGGACUAGUCUCAUUAAACUUGCUCGCAGUACUCAUUUCAUUAUACAUCAUGUCCAUUUCCUCCGUGAUUUUAAUGCUUGAAUUAUCUAAAAAGAAGCGUAUCAAACGUAUAGUUGUUUUCGUCCGUACUUGGUUUAAGUUUCUGGACUUAUCGGCUGGAAGAGGAUUUCUACAAAUUCUGUUGUGCACUAUUUCUUUGUAUUUAACUCAAUCUACAUACUUCUCACUCAUGUCACUAUUUGUCGGAUUUACAGGACUACUUAACAUAAUAUUUGGGAUAUUAGCGGCGUUUAAGCUAAGAAAGAUAAUAAAUAUCCUUAAAUACUAUGGAAGCAGGGAUUUGGAAGAUCUAGGUAUUCAUGAUCAGAAUGAAAUUUCCCAAACUGAUCUAGAAAACAUUAAAAUCAAUAAAGACCAAGAUCCCGAAUACAAACUUAGGAAGAUCCAUCGUUUGUUUAAUGCUCUGGAUGAAGACGGAAAUGGUAAAAUUGACCGGGAUGAACUAUAUGAUGGACUAAAGUCAUUAAAUUUUCCUUUUAGCAUUUCAAAGAGUGAGGUUGAAGUAAUAUUUGAUCAUUUGGAUAAAGAUUCUAAUAAUAUAAUUUCCAUUCAAGAAUUUGAACAUUGGUUUAUCUCAAAGAAAUGCCCUUAUUUUAUACUAUAA